UGGAAGCUGUCUGCCAUUUUAUUUGUUAGCAACAAGGAGUAAAUUGAUCUGUUUUAUUUAUUUCAAUUUAAAUUGUCUAUUUUCUUCAAAUUGAUAAAAUUUAUAAGUUGAAAUUAUCUUCUGACUAAUUCAAGCUCCGAAAAAUGACACCAAUCACGCUAAUCAUUCUCUGAUCAUCAAAGAUGCCAAUAAGUACGAUGAUACAACUAUUUUAGAGUUAGAAAAUUGAUGAAACUUGAUUACGUUUAUUUAUAUUACAAGACAUUGUGCUUUCACUUUUGUGAUGUCGCCUUGAAUCAAAGCAAUAACUCAUUAGACAGUGAUACUCUUCAGCCUCUUAUAUACUCUCAAUAUACUCGCUUUCUUCCCUGAUUUAUUUUGGAAUUUCUCUGUUUCAACAUGAUUUCAACAUAUCUUUCAUCUUUAGCAUGAUUUAUUUUCCAUGAGUCAGUUUUCAUCGCAAUCGCCUUUCUUUUAUUGUUAUUAGUUACCACUCGUUUAAAAAAGUAUUCCAAAUAUAAACAGUUGGCAGUUAGCCGUCCAAAAACCUUUAUCUUUUUAAGGUUUUCUUGGCAGCUUUAACGGUAACCAAAAGACUUGAUGAUAAUUCAUAAAUAGUUGAUAACUUCUCUUCUCAAACUAAAUACAAACACUUUUGUUGCUGCUGCGUGACAAAACAAUUCAUUUGGUGAUGCACAAUGGCUGCUGCUUACAGACCUUACAAAGACGAAGACAGCUUUGAUAAUUUGAAUGCUCUAGAUGAUGAUGGGUUAAAUUGGCCGGACAAUGAACCUGCGUCUCUUCAAAUUUAUGAGCGAACCACUGAAGAUUUACCAUUUCCAAGCAAUCGUCGAUAUUUGAUAGCAUGUCUUGGGCUAGCUAUUAUGUCAAUGUUUAUCGGAUUAAUGAUUGGUUAUUUCGCUCAUUCUUCUCAUGAUGAGUGUAUACCCAAUUACGUUGUUUCUCUUCACUCAGUGCGACAAGAAGAUCCUACAAUCAGUUCUAAGCUGUUAAAUUCAAUUGAUGUUGCUAAUUUAGAGAGUUUGGUUCGUGAAUUCAGCAAAGAGCCUAGAGUACCCGGUUCUGCUAGGGAUCAAUACUUGGUUUCAUUUAUACAGAAAUACUUUUUGGACGCAUCAUUCGACAAAGUCUCAAUUCUCAACUAUACUGCUCUUCUCUCGUUACCAGAUGAAAUAAAUCCAAAUCUAAUUCAAAUAAUUAAUGAAGAUACCAAACAAGUUGUUUUCAAUUCUAGUGAAGGCUUGAAAUUGGACCCUAAACAAAUUCAUCCUUUCAGUGCCUAUUCUCCAAAUAUUGACCUUCAGGGGGAUUUGGUUUAUGUAAAUAAUGGACAUCCUGAUGAUUAUCGUUUACUCGUUGAUAAAUACUCAAUUGACUUUAAAGGAAAAAUUAUUUUAGUUAAGCUUGGUGAGUUACCGUUGGAUCAAGUUGUCCACACAGCCAAGUUCCAUGCCGUCGCAGCUAUAAUCUUUUUCCCAGAUCAUAAAUUUUUUGAAGUCAAUCAUUCGGCAUUUAAGUUUCCCAGUGAUGCAAUUAAAUGGGAGUCUGCUCUUUGGGCCGAGUUUGGGGAUCCUUUGUCUCCAAACUAUCCGUCAACAGCGUAUGCUUAUAGAGAGAAUCUAGGCUCACAUAAAAAUACACUUGCUAAAAUUUCUGCUCAACCCAUUAGUAGUGACCAAGCAAUGAGGCUCAUUCAUCUUUUAGGUGGUCAUAAAUCACCUCCAGAAUGGAAUUCAGGAUCGAAUUUUUCACACGCAAUCGGACCAGGAUUUAAUAACAGUAAUCUCAAAAUUAGAAUCAAAGUGAAUAAUCAUCUGAAAAACGAAACUAUUUCCAAUGUAUUUGGUUACAUUAAAGGUCGCGUGGAACCUGAUAGAUAUAUUCUCAUCGGUAGUCAUCGUGAUUCUCUUACAAAAGGAGCAAUGGACGCAGCCAGUGGAACUGGUGUCAUGCUAGAGGUUGCUCGGGCUUUCGGAGAACUUCUAAAGAAAGGUUGGAGGCCAAGAAGGACAAUAAUUUUCUGUAGUUGGGGAGCCGAAGAGUUUAAUUUGCAAGGCUCUACUGAAUGGUUAGAAGAUAAAUAUAAACUUCUCCACGCUCGAGGUAUUGUGUAUAUCAACGCAGACACUGUUGUCUCAGGUAACGAUUCACUGAGAGUGUUUGCAUCCCCUCUUCUCCACCAUGCAAUUCUCAAUGCCACCAAAAUGGUAUCCAAUCCAGAUAAAGAUGAUUCUCAACAUAAAACAGUAUUUGAAAAAUGGUUCGCAACAUUUCCUUAUGUUCGUAAUGACACUAUUGUCAAACAAUCUGGAUUUAUCCAGAAAAAUUCUUAUGAAAUGGAUCUCUUUUAUGGGGAUCAAGAUAUUUUUGCUGAUCUACUUACAAAAGAGGAAACUUUGGCUCAUCUCAAUCAUGUUAACUCUACUUACCUCAUUUCAUACAUUGAAGGUGUCAUUUCACAUCGACAACCACAAAUACUUCCCAUCCAAGGGCGUUCAGUGUAUGCAGCAUUUACCACUUUUUUAGGAAUACCAUCAAUGGAUUUAAGUUAUGUUUCAUCUAAUCAAAACUCUGAGGCAAAAUCUCUAUCAGCAUACAGUCUGAUUCAUACUCAAUAUGACACUUUCGAUCUCUUCAAAACAUCGAUUGAUCCUGAUUUCAAAUAUCAUAAAGCAAUGGCACAAAUUUAUGCCGAAGUUUUACGAGAUUUCUCAGAAUCUUUGUUCAUUCCCUUUAAUUUAUUUCAUUACGUCCAAUUUUUACAAAACGUCCAACUUAAAAUAUAUUAUCAAGCACAGCAUCUUUUCCCUAAAGGAGGCUUAGACACCGAUGUACUCAGUUCAGCUAUUCAUAAUUUCACUGAUUCUGUUUACAAUUUUCAUCUACGUCAAGGAUCAAUUGAUUUCUCCGAUCCAAUGGCAAUAAGGACAAUAAACGAUCAACUUAUUCUACUAGAAAGAGUCUUUCUCGAUCCUGUUCAACUUUACAUGGUUAACAAUAUUCAUUUAAUCCAAAACCCAGAAGGACUAUACUCAGGAGAGAAUGAAACUCUGGUUGGACUAAUCAACUCACUUUAUCAGAUCUUCAGCAAUCCGCAUAAUUUAGACGCUGAGGGGAAUAAUUUACCCACUAUUUUAGAGCGCGGGUUGAAGCCUCGGCUUUCUAUUCUAGUCCAUGCUAUUCAGAAUGCUGCCGACAUCAUUAACAGCGUAGUCUGAGAAACAAAUUACAAUUGCGUACAAAUGUGCGUUCUCCUGAUAUCGUUUUCAAAAAGACUGAAUCAACUAAGAUGAAACGAUUUCUGUUCUGGUGAUAUUGACUUCAAAUAUUUUAGAAAACAUGAGAUUUUAAUAUAAGAUUUUAUUAUAAGAUUUACUUGGGAUAUCAAAUUGUUGAUGCUCGAACUAAUUAGAAUCUCCAAGCGCUUUAAUCCAAAGAAUUCCAUCCGUAAUCUCAGAUUGUACAAAAUGAAUUUUGUGAAUGUGAAAAGAAAUAACCGAUUUGUUGAUAAUUUGCUAAUAAUUUGACUAAACAUUUUCUUAGCGCUUGCAACCAAAAGAUAACUUAAUCGGUUUUAAAUUAUUUUCAUUUCCCCUCUUCGUUUAUAGUAUUAACCAGUGUUAUGUAAUCAUUACCUUUUAAUGUUUCCUUUCAAAGCUUGAUUGUAGGAAGUGUUAAUUUAUAGAACUUCCAUUUAAGAUUCUUUUUCAUGAAUAGAAACAAGCUCAGAAAAAUGCCUAUGUUUAUCAUCAUCAUUAUUGUUUGGAUUGUUGAUGGUUAUGCUAAUGGAAGCUACUUUAACUGUUGAACUCAAAUGUAAUACAUUCAUGUAUACAUAAAUUUGCUUGAAAUAUU